AUGGGAACGGAGAUCCACGAGGAGGCCAUGGCGGCAACAGCCAACAACAAUAGCAGUGGCGUCAGUAAUGACUACCGCGGAAUCGCGAAGGGAAAGAGAACCAGGCGGCAGAGGUUCCAGCUGCUAGUCGCUCCGGCGGCCACUGCGACCCCCUCGACCUCUUCCUCUGGGGAAUUCUACGGCAGCGCGGGGGAGGAGGAUGACGAGGAAGACAUGGCCAACUGCCUCAUCCUCCUCGCCCAAGGAAGAGCUCUCGAAGACUCUCCGCCGAAGCCUGGAGGGGAAAGCGACGGGGGCAAAUUCAACAGCCGGAAACUGGCGGAGGCCGCGACCACAACCAGCGGAAAGGCCGGGUUCUACGUCUACGAGUGCAAGACCUGCAACAAGUGCUUCCCCUCCUUUCAGGCCCUCGGCGGGCACCGGGCAAGCCACAAGAAGCCCAAGCCAGAGGAGAAGAAGGGAAUAGCAGAUGAGUACAGCCAUAGCUUCCCAAUACCGGCUGCUUCCUCCCCCAAGUCCACCUUCCCCAACCACAAGCCGAGGGUACACGAGUGCUCCAUAUGCGGGGCGGAAUUCUCUUCCGGCCAAGCGUUGGGCGGCCACAUGCGGCGCCACCGGGCGGCGGCGGCUGCGGCGGCGGGGGUUGUCUCUGUGGACCAGGAAAUCAAGAAGGAGAAGAAUAUCCUCUGUUUGGACCUCAACCUGCCGGCCCCCUCGGAGGAUGAGCGGGGGGACCUCCCCAAGUCGCCGGCUUUCGCCUUCUCCGGCAAGCAGUCGAUCGUCUUCUCGGCGUCAACCCUGGUGGGCUGCCAUUAUUAG